CUCAGUCGUCACAAACGCAAACUUCCGAGGAAGAAGAAAGGUCGCCAGUUCAUCAUUUCUCUCUGCUUCUUCCAUUUCCAUAUAUCACUCAAAAUAUAAUGGGGGAAGCAGCUAACACGACCGAAGGAUUCAAUAAUCACAUCACAAUCGAUGUAAAGAGUCUGUCAAAUUCACUGGUACAAAGUCUGGGGGACAAAUUGGAGAAUCUUUCUCCAUUGUCCAUUAAGUGCAGCAUUUGUAGACUUCCUGUGCAACUCCGAGAACGAAAUGAAAAAUCCUUCACUCCUCGAGAAAUUUCAAUCGGUCCACUUCAUCACAACAAUGAAAACCUCAAACACAUGGAACUACACAAAUUAAGGUUGCUCAAAGACUUCCUUUCGCGAUCAAAGGCAAGCCUAUUUGACUGUGUACAGCUUCUAAAGAAGAAAGAACUUCAACUGCGAAACUGUUACGCAGAUCCUAUUGAAUUUGACAGUGACAAGUUCAUUGAGAUCAUUCUGGUGGACGCAGCUUUCAUCCUUGAAUUACUCUUCAGAAAUAAUAUCUCAGAUUUGCAGGAUCAGUGUUAUUAUGAUCAUUUCUUUUGUGGCCCAUGGAAGCUACGGUUCAUCAAAACUGAUAUGCUCUUGCUUGAAAAUCAAGUUCCUUUCUUUGUCAUCGAGGACCUUCUUUCAUUAGUCAGGCUCAGAUCAGACAUUCCCAUAAAGGACGACGUUCGUCGCUCAGCAAUCAAGCUAACCUACGAGUUCUUCAAAAGGAAAUUGAAUUUGUCAGAUAUGGAAGACUUUGACAUUGAGGAAAAAGUUGGUGAACGUGAAAUACAACAUUUUGUUGAUUUUGCCAGAAUCUGUUACGUUCCUCAAGAGCUUCCAGGCAAAAACAAACUAAAGUGCACGAGCAUGCCCAGCGCAACGAAGUUACACGAAGCUGGAGUGAAGUUCAAGGUCAAGAAAAGUGGGAAUCCUUUUGACAUCAAAUUCAAAGAUGGGGUGAUGGAAAUCUCGCCCCUGAGAAUAAAAGAUGCGACAGAAAUUAUUCUGAGGAAUAUCAUAGCAUACGAACGUUGUCACUUGCAUGAUAAUUAUGUGAAUGAUUAUGUCUUUAUCCUAGAUCGGCUGGUAGACACAGCGAGAGAUGUUGAGAUACUGAUAUAUUGUGGGAUUAUUGAGUCAAAGUUAUCAGGAACUCAAGAAGUGGCUUCAACCAUCAACAAGCUUUCACCAGGAAUAACAAUGGCGAGAAGAAGGUUCUACUUCACAGAUCUGUGUGAGAAGGUGAAUGAUUAUUACAAAGUGCCAUGGCAUAAAUGGAGAGUAACUUUGAAAGAGGACUAUUUUAGCAAUCCAUGGGCUAUUAUCUCUGUUGUUGCGGCAAUUUCACUUCUGGUACUCACUGUAGUGCAGACUUCUUAUGCAGUCAUCUCCUACUAUUAUUAGCUGCGUACUGGGUGCGUGUUGUACGGAUGGUUGUGAAAAAAAAAGGAAAUUUUUAGUGGCCCUAAUUAUUAAUUUAGUCCCUCAAAUUUAAAUUUUAUCAAUUUAAUCUCUUAAAA